AUGAUUAAUCGUGUUAGUAAAACACGUUUUUAUGAACUACAAAUAAUAAUUGAUGGUCGAAAUAUUAAUAAAUCAACGUAUGAUUUUAAUCGUCAAAUAGUUGAAGGUAUUCGUGAUUAUUUAAUAAAUAUAUAUAAUUGGAGAAAAACGAUACAAGAAU